AUGAAAAAUAUACAAAAUUUAGAGAGUGGCAAUGAUAAAGAUAAACUAGCAAAUUUAAAAACAGCAGAACUAUGUAAAAAAUUAAAAGAUUUAACAAAAUUAACUCGUGCACUCAUCAAAAAACAUAGACUUUCUUCUCAUACAAAAUACAAAUAG